AUGGCCCACUACUGCAGCGACUUCCAGCCGUCUGCGCGGCCGCUGCGGAAGGACCCCAUCGGCGCACUCGAGCUCGGCAUCCGCAGCGGAAAGGACCUCGUUCCCGUCCGAAGCCUCAACGGCGCGGCCCCCACCACCGGGUACUACUGCGUCGCCAAGUACGGGCCCAAGUGGGCCCGCACCCGCACCCUGGUCAACACGCUGAACCCCAUGUGGCAGGAGCAGUACACGUGGGAGGUGUUCGACCCCUGCACCGUGCUCACCGUCGCCGUCUACCACAACAACCAGCUCGACGCCCACGAUAGCGGCGGCGGCCUCAGGGAUCAGCCGCUGGGGAAGCUCCGCAUCCGCCUGUCCACGCUGGACGCGGGGCGCGCGUACUUCUACCACCACCCGCUGCAACUGGUCCACCCCUCGGGGAUCAAACGGACCGGGGAGCUCCGCCUCGCGGUGCGGUUCAGGUGCACGGCGUGGGUCAACAUGAUGCGGCUCUACGCCAGGCCCAUGCUCCCCAAGCAGCACUACGCGGAGCCCAUCCCGGUCCUCCUCCUCAGCCGCCUGAGGCACCACGCGACCGCCAUCUGCGCGGGGAGCUUCCGCAAGAGCCUGGCCAACUGGCGCCGCGCGGAGGCGCUGCUGAGCGGGGCGGCGGCGUGGGCGGCGUGGGCGGGCUACGUCCGGGACUGGCGCAACCCCGUGACGACGCUGCUCGCGCACGCGAACUUGGUGCUGCUGGUGCGGCACCCGGAUCUGAUCAUCCCCGUGGGGUUUAUCUACCUGUUCGGCAGAGGGGUGUGGAACUAUCGACAUCGGGCGAAGCUGCAGGCAGAGCAAGUGCAGUCGGUGGAGGCGGGGGUGGGGGCGGACGAGGUGGACGAGGAGUUCGACGAGAUACCGACGAGGAGGGCGGUAGAGGUGGUGAGGAUGCGGUACGACCGGCUGAGGCUGCGGGCGGGGAGGGUGCAGACGAUGCUGGGGGACGUGGCCGGCCAGGCAGAGAGGGCCCACGCGCUGCUCAGCUGGCGGGACCCGCGAGCAACGGGGGUGUUCCUGCUCUUCUUGGGACUCGCGACCGCGGUGGUGUACAACGUCCCGUUUUGGCUGCUGCUGCUCGGCUUCGGGCUCUACUACAUGCGCCACCCCGUGCUCCGGAGCCGGGUGCCCCCCGCGCCCGUCAAUUUUUACAAGCGCCUGCCCUCGAAGGUCGAUAUGCUACUAUGA